AUGAGCUCUCCGAAGCCCACCAUGGAUAUCCCGUCUCCACCCCCGUGUAUCGACACAUACCAGUUCGAUUUGCGCGUUCAGCAAAAAAUUGAGAAGCUUGAGAAGCUUGAGGCGAUUCUUCCCUUCGAAGAAAGUCUGCUCUUUGGGGGCGAAAUGUCCAAGAAGGAACCCGAGCCUCUUGUCGUAUACAUCAACCGCCGCCCCUACACCUGCUCUGCCACUGAAGCGGACAGCAGUGCUCACGAGAUGGACAACGAAGAGCUUCGUGCUGAGAUUACAACUGUCAUCUACAAGCACCGGAAAGCCUAUGGAUACAAGGAGCUGGAGGACUAUCACGUUUUCACCUUCUGUUACGACUCCCACCGUCCUAUUUCGGUCUACGGCGAGCUGAUGAGUUACAUUGACCAUAUUGUCAAGAAGUCCCAGCUCUACGAAUCUGGCCUUGCUAUUGUGCUUGCAAACUGGGAUUCUUUGACCUCCCACAAGGAGUCAUACGUUAAACUUUUUGAGCCCUAUGCCGGGGAAAAUGACAAACACAAGAUUGUCCUGCACGUCUGCUCGAACGACCCAAACCGCUUUUACACCGUGGAUGCUCUCGAAGCUUGCCGAGUCCUCAGUCCCAUUUUCCCUGAUACCUUCGAAGAUGCUUCGGAUAAUGUGCAGGUUUUCAUCGAGUGUCUGCGCGUCUGGUUCAUGCAAGGACUCAUGCGGGACUACCCCAACAUUGAAGACGUACGUGCCCAAACCGAAGUUGCUACAUUUCCUAGUAAAGAGAACAAAUAUGCUGACUAUCUUCUCAUAGCUCAUUGA